AUGGCCAUGACUAGGCAGCAAAUGAAGAACUCUGGGAAACUUAUAAAAAAGACUUGCAUGCCGAAGAAUGGCGUAACGGAAGAUCAAGUCGGUGAGAUAGAGCAAGGAAAAUUUAUUGAAGAUAAAAAUGUAAUGUGUUACAUUGCCUGCGUGUAUUCUACGGGUCAAGUGGUUAAGAACAAUAAAAUGAAUCUCGACGCAAUGAUAAAACAAGUCGACAUGAUGUUUCCUCCGGAAAUGAAGGAACCCGAAAAAGCGGCCAUAGAAAAAUGCAAAGGAGUCGCCAAGAACUAUAAAGACAUAUGCGAAGCGUCGUAUUGGACUGCGAAAUGCAUAUAUGAAGCAGAUCCCGCCAACUUUUUAUUCCCU